AUGUCGCGGGUUGACAAUUUAACUGUCGCGCCGGGUUCACCGGAUGUCAUGAAGGCGGUGCUUAAGUCUGGGCGCAAAAAGGAGCACAAUGUCAUUGUGCCUUCCUCCGCACUGACCAUUCGAGAAAUUCAGGAGAAAAUUCCGGUAAAGUACUUUGAACGCAACACCACCCGGAGCGUCAUGUUUCUUUUACGCGACCUUGCACAGGUGGCGUUGACGUACGCUAUUAUGCACGCCGUCGUCUUGCCACUUGCCACUUCCAUGGAGGUUUCUGCAGCAAGAACGGUGGCCGACGGUGGGGCGUUAUCAUUGAUGACAGGUACAGCCAUGACGACAGCGGCGUGGCUUUUAAAGGGAGUGUUGUGGGCGGUGUUUUGGUUUGUACAGGGACUUAACGGCACUGCGCUUUGGGUCCUGGCUCACGAAUGCGGCCAUCAGGCGUUCAGCCCCAUGAAAGGGUUGAAUGACGCCGUUGGCAUGAUUUUGCACUCUGCGCUGCUCGUGCCGUACCACAGCUGGCGCAUCACCCACGGCGGCCACCACAAACACACGAAUCACCUCACGAAGGAUCUUGUGUUUGUUCCAGAGAAACGAAACUCGGUUGUGGAGCUCGUGGAGGAUGCACCGCUGGUGUCAUUAAUUCAAACUUUGAUAAUUUUUCUCUUUGGUUGGCCGGCACAUCUUCUUUUUAAUGCCUCUGGACAGGAAUUUGGCCGACUCGCGUGCCACUUUGACCCCGGCGCCCCAUUUUUCCGCAGCGAAGACCGCCACGAUGUUGUCCUGUCGAAUGUUGGGAUUGUCAGCGCGUUAUUUGUCAUUUUCUCCAGCGUUUACCGCUUUGGCUUUACAAAUGUCUUCUACUGGUACAUUGUACCGUACCUCUGGGUGAACUUUUGGCUUGUGUACAUCACAUACCUGCAGCACACGGAUAUACGCAUUCCUCACUACACACAUGAGCACUGGACGUUUGUUCGCGGUGCAUUGGCGGCUGUGGACAGGGACUACGGCUUUGUCCUUAACACAUGGCUCCAUCACAUCAAUGAUUCCCACGUGGUACAUCACCUUUUUAGCAAAAUUCCACACUACAACGCAAUCCAGGUGACAAGAAAGUACAUUCGUGAGAUACUGGGUGCCACAUACAUUACGGAUGAGAGGUCACUGUGGAAGAUGCUCUGGGAACAGCGUAGAGAGUGCCGCUAUGUUGUUCCCGCAGAGGGCGUCUGUGUCUUUCAUGGGUAA